AUGGCGAGAAAAGACAAAGAUGCAGGAAGGAAAGGUGAUUUAGACCCACAGUCCAUGACCUUCGUGACCUCCGGCGACGAGAAGAGAGAAUGGAAGACCACACAGGUCAAGCGAGGUUCAGAAUCAAAAUCUUUGCUGAAAAUCACUUCAACUCCCAGGUUCGAAGACCGUAGGGAGACAAGGACAGAGAAGGUCGACGAUGCCGACAACAAGCGCAGAGGGAGGUUUAAAAAUAGCCAGACGACCGAAGAGGAAACCACUACAGUGGUUAAGUACUGCACGACGAUGAAGCCGGAGAAUAUCAUCAUUUCCUCCAACAGCAUGACAAUAAAAUACAAACGCCGUCAAAUCAAGAGGAAUCAGUGUUCUGCAGGAUUUCUUUGUGAAAUUUGCACUGUUGAAGUCGUUCAGCAGGUGUGUAGCAACACGCUUACCUUGGAUUACAAUCAGACACCUAGUGGUACGAUGAUCGGAUUUUCCUGCUUGACCUUCAACCCCAACACUAAGAAAUGUAAUAAGGAAUUCUUGGAGCUGAAGACAAACGUAAUAAUGGCGUUAAAGAUAAGUACUUUCAGCGUUGAUGUGGCUGUUUAUGUGUCGAUAAAUAAGUCCACGGUUGCUCCUGCAGCAACGCUACUCCGCCAGCGGUCCGCUGCUCCUGCAACAACUGCUUCGCUAGCAGUCACGGCUACUCCGCCACAGUCACGGUUGCUCCCCAACAACAGCUUACGCCGCCAGCAGUCACGGCUGCUCCUGCAACAACAAGCUACUCCGUCCAGCAGUCACAGCUGCUCCCCGCAAACAACAUCUAUUCCGCCGCAGUCACUGUUUGCUCCUGCAACAACAACUACUCCGCCAGCAGUCACGGCUGCUCCUGCAAACACACUACUCCUCCUCAGUUACGGUCGCUCCUGCAACAACAACUACCCGCCUGCAGUCACGGUUGCUCCCGCAACAACAGCUAUUCCGCCAGCAGUCACGGUUGCUUCCUGCACAACGCUUUACUCCGCCAGCGUCACGGCUGCUCCUGCAACAACAGCUUACUCCGCCGCGUUACGGUUGCUCCUGCAACAACAACUACUGCCGCCUGCAGUCACGGUUGCUCCCGCAACAACAGCUAUUCCGCCUGCAGUCACGUUGCUCUGCAACACAGCUACUCCGCCAUCAUCACGCAGUCACGGCUGCCUCCUGCACAACAACUACUCCGCCAGCAGUCACGGCUGCUCUGCAACACAACUACUCCGCCAGCCUUCACGGCUGCUCCUGCACAACUACUCCCACAGUCAGGCUGCGCCUGCAACAACAACUACUCCGCAUCAGUCAAGGUUGCUCCUGCAGCAACAACUACUCUCCAGCAUCACGGUUGUUCCUGAACAACGCUACUCCGCCGCAGUCACGGUUUGCUCCGCAACAACAGCAGGUUUACCUUCCCACUGUUACUUCAGAACAACAUCAGUGAUAACUAAUGAUUCAGCACACAACAGCGUCAACAGUGCUUCACUGUUAAACAAUUGCUUCAACACUAACAACAGCACUGUCAUACCCAGUGACAACUACUACGCAACUACAAAUUGCAGCUCUCCAGACCUCUACUGCGGUCAGUUUCUUUUAGUGUUGAAGACGGUGUGGAAUAGCACCCAUCAGUAUUGCCAGCACGAGAUUGUCAAUGGUUGCCUGCCAGCAUCAAUGGGGGAAUACCCGUAUCAAGUAGCAGUGCUGAGCACUGUACAGAAUCACAGAAUCGGGCCAACGACAGCUGGAUGUAGUGGAGCUUCCUCAUCCCUGAAUUUCCAAGGAGACGCCAACUUCAGCCGAUCUGUUUUGGUAGCGGUCCUCUUGCAGGUUUUUUGUGCAGAAGACGAUAUUCCUUCGGAGGGAAAGCAAUAG